AUGAAGGUUGUGUCAGGCUCCAAAUUUAUGUGGCAUGGCGCUGUAGAACAGCGGAAAUCGGCAUCUCAGAAUGUGAAUAGUGCUCCUCCCUCGAAAGUGAGAUCAAGAGGAUCCGGAAACCAGAAACCAUUUUCAAGUUUCCUUUCGUCAAGUACUGAAUUCCGGAGAAACAGAAUCCUCGAAGCUCAUCCUAUGAAGGUUGUGUCAGGCUCCAAAUUUGUGUGGCAUGGCGCUGUAGGUGAUGCAGAACAGCGGAAAUCGGCAUCUCAGAAUGUGAAUAGUGCUCCUCCCUCGAAAAACAGAAUCCUCAAAGCUCAUCCUAUGAAGGUUGUGUCAGGCUCCAAAUUUAUGUGGCAUGGCGCUGUAGGUGAUGCAGAACAGCGGAAAUCGGCAUCUCAGAAUGUGAAUAGUGCUCCUCCCUCGAAAGUGAGAUCAAGAAGAUCCGGAAACCAGAAACCAUUUUUCAAGUUUCGUUUCGGCAAGUACUGA